GAAUGAAACAUGACUGAGGACUCUCAGAGAAAUUUUCGUUCAGUGUAUUAUGAGAAAGUAGGGUUUCGUGGAGUUGAAGAAAAGAAAUCAUUAGAAAUUCUCCUAAAAGAUGACCGCCUGGAUAUUGAGAAACUUUGUACUUUUAGUCAGAGGUUCCCUCUCCCGUCUAUGUACCGUGCGUUGGUAUGGAAGGUGCUUCUAGGGAUCCUGCCUCCAUACCACGAGUCCCAUGCUCAGGUGAUGAUGUAUCGCAAGGAGCAGUACUCUGACGUCCUGCACGCCCUGAGAGUCGUCCGUUUUGUCAGUGACGCCACGCCUCAGGUGGAAGUCUAUCUCCGCAUGUAUCAGCUGGAGUCUGGAAAGUUGCCUCGAAGUCCCUCCUUUCCACUGGAGCCAGAAGACGAAGUGUUUCUUGCCAUCGCAAAGGCCAUGGAAGAAAUGGUGGAAGAUAGUGUCGACUGUUACUGGAUCAUCCGAUGCUUUGUGAACCAGUUAAACCACAAGUACCGAGAUUCUCUACCCCAGCUGCCAAAGGCUUUUGAACAAUACUUGAAUCUGGAAGACAGCAGGCUGCUGAGUCAUCUGAAGACGUGUUCGGCAGUGUCCAAACUUCCUUAUGACCUCUGGUUCAAGAGGUGCUUCGCCGGGUGCUUGCCUGAAUCCAGCUUACAGAGGCAAGUAUUUCUUUAUCAGCUGUUGCUUAUCCAGAGCCCGUGCCAGUUUGAGCAGGAGGAGAGGGGUUUAACAAGUGGCAGCCUGGUCCUUGUGGGUACCUUCCGCCUCUUUCUUGCCCCCCUCGGCCUGACCACUGGACGUACCUACUGCUCUGAAGCUUUACCUUGGCAGCAGUCAUGUAUGCGAACACUUCCUGCAAACAGUGAAAACUCCACUGGAAAUAAGUCAGAUGCCACAAUGAGUGAGGGAGAUACUGAGGUUUUUCCAACUUCACUGAAGUUUCACGAAGGCUCUUUUGCUUGUUCGCAGAUUCCCCAGGACAGCUCAGAUGCGAUUGUGAGCAAGGCCAUCGACUUAUGGCACAAACACUGUGGGACCCCUGUCCAUUCAGCCUGAGUGCUCCUGCCAGCGUGGACAGCCUGCGGGGCCCGCCCUGAGCGCUUUGUUCUGAGGGUGUGACCUACUAAACUGAUUGAAAGCAGGUUUCUCUCUGUGGUGCUCAAAGUGUAAUUUCUUUUCCAGUAAAAUUAUUUAAUGAAGCUA